AUGGAGGCAGACGGCCAUGGCGUUCAACAAGGAAGAAAAUGGGGGCGGUGGAAUAAACUGUUGGACAUGGAGGAGGCCAAGAAUCAGGUCUUGUUUUUCUUGCCAAUGAUUCUUACCAAUGUUUGCUAUUACACGAUCCACUUGAUAUCUGUCAUGUUUGCUGGUCACCUUGGUGAGCUUGAGCUUGCUGGUGCCACACUUGCCAAUUCAUGGGCCACCAUUACCGGUUUCGCUCUCAUGGUAACUCUCUCUCUCUCAUGUCCUCAUUUUUUUUAG